AUGGUCAACUAUUCAGGAGCUUCUGCAGGACAGAACAAUCACUUAAGGCCACCAGAGCGUCCCUAUGCAGUCAGAAAUGGCAACCUCUUCUCGAUGAAUGGCAGUCCAGCUGCACAACAGCACCCGGACGACCCUCCAGAAACACCUCGACACGUCAACUCUCACCUGUCUAUUAGACCGCAGACAUUCAUUGCCGUGCCCCCUGUAAAUGCCAAUAACGCCUCAACAAACCCUCAAUCGCCUAGCGGGCCCCCUAAUGGUGACGCCACAGAAGAACUGAGCUGGGGACCAGCACAUCCAUGCUUUCCGCACAUGAACACCCAUGUCUCCCUAAAUUCAGAGGAUUACGUUCAUACACGAGUAAUCCGGAUACGGCGGGACUGGAUGGUCAAAGGAGACCUUGCGCCUACCUUUUCUAACUUAUACCCAGAGAUUCUUGACCCAUUGUUGGGCGAACAGGAGUUCCGAACCAUCAUCACCAAGAUAAAUCAGGAGCUCAUCAAUGCGUUUGAUCCAUAUGCUGCGCGUAACUGGUUUGAUGGGAUAAUGGGGUUCCUCACUGGCUGGGUAUGGGAUGAUCUAGGUGCCAGUCGCAUCAAAUCUCGAAUCAAGGGCCUUGAAGCAUGGAUUGAUAAGUGGAACCGUGAAGUUGGUGCUGCUGAAGGUGUCAAGAUAUGGGGACCCCGACGGACCGGAUUCCUCUCCCUAGACAUACAGAUUCCAGACCCCAAAAUUGGUAUUGUGGAAAGCGAUGGUGGCUCCGAUCUAGGGACGAGAACUAGACCCAGCACUGCAAACACACGGCUACAUGAACGACCGCAGCAUGUGUGA